AAGGAGGAUUUCAUUGAGAUUGACAAUUUCAAUUGAAGUGCAAUGGUUAUAAAAAAAUGAAGAGUCAACAUGAAAUCUCAGCUGUGUGAAGUUCAAGUUGAAGGGGAUAACAUAAAGUAUAAAUUUGAUCAUUAUCCGUUAAUAACAUGUACGGUGUAGAUGUUAGUUCCAGUAAAUAAGCUCAGUUGAACCUUGUAGGUUAACAACAUUAUUAUAAACAAACAGCCGUUCAGAUGAACAUUUUUCACCAAUGUUGAAUCCUCAAAUCAUUUUGAAAUAUCAUUCUUAUUCAUAGAAGGAAGGAGGAUAUUUGGAUUGUUGCAAGGAAAUGACUUGAUUAUACUCCUCGAAAUGGCUAAACAAAUGCUGCUAGUAGCAAUUUUCUUCUUCUACAUUGAACUGUGUAGGGCCGAUGGCAAUAUUUUGUGUGCCACUAGGGCUGGAACUAUAAAUUUCAUCAACGAUGAUGGAAGAUUGGAGAACAGGUCUUUGGAGACGACACAGUUGAAAUGUAAUUAUUGCUAUACCCUUUGGCAAGAGAGCAGCAAUGCUAGCGAAACUGUCAUCAUGGGACAAGGUUGCUGGGACGUUUCCGGACUGCCUAACGAAUGCGACAAAUCGGCCUGCACCGCCAACACCAAACCCUCGAAGGUGAUGAACAACACCAAGUUCUGCUGCUGUUCGACGAACAUGUGCAACGAAAACUUUACCGACAUCUAUAGGCCUGGCGACGAACCGCCGCCCGAAAAGCCGCCUAAGCAGACCCUCGACAUGACCUGGCUGUGGCUGUUGGUUUCUUUCGUGUGCUGUUUCAUAUUCCUGCUGAUGUGGAUCUCCUGUUGGCUGUUCGCGCCUUGGAAGACCGCCAAGAAGUUCGAAGAUGUCGAAUCCACCCAGCCGCUUCCCCCUUCCACCGAUUACAGUUUGGACAAGCUGAAGUUGUUGAACGUCAUAGGUCAAGGUAGAUAUGGGUCUGUUUGGAGAGGCCUAAUCGACGACCAGGAAGUGGCAGUCAAGAUGUUUCCUUCCCACCAUCGAAACUACUUCCUGAACGAGCACAACAUGUACAAAGCGUCCGGCGAAAAUUCUGCUUUAUUGAAGUGCUUCGGAGGUGGAGAAUACGUGAUAAGUCCAGGUGGACCUACGGAGUACCUUCUCUUGUUGAGUUUAGAACAGGAGUGUCUUCAGGAGUACCUGAAGAAGCACACUCUCGAUCUUCCUACGUUAGGAAAAAUGAGUUUGGGGGUCGCGAAGGGGUUGGCCCAUCUUCAUUCGGACCUGGGUAAGCCUUGCAUCGCGCAUCGGGACAUAAACACGAGGAACAUCCUGGUGAGGACGGACCUGAGUUGUUGUAUAUGCGAUCUGGGACUGGCGGUGACGCCCAGGGCCGCUGAGAAUAGGUCACUCACAGAAGCAGGAACCCUGCGCUACAUGGCCCCCGAAGUGCUGGAGGGGGCGGUGAACCUGCGCGACUGCGAGAGCGCCCUCAAGCAAAUCGACGUUUACGCCCUGGGUCUGGUGCUGUGGGAGUUGGGGUCGAGAUGCACGGACAUGCAGAACGGCGAGACCCACCCGUAUUCGCCCCCGUUUUACAAGGAGGCCGGCGAGAACCCCAGCCUGGAGCAGAUGCAAACGUUGGUGAGCAGGAGGAAGGUGAGGCCGCUGUGGCCGCAGUCGUGGAAGGACACCGCGGCGGCCAGGCUGCUCUGCGAGACCGCGGAAGACUGCUGGGAUCAGGACGCGGAAGCCCGUCUGACGUCCCUGUGCGUGGUCGAACGCUUACUGGAGCUUCCCCACCUGAAAGGAAGGGUGCUGCAUCCCAUGCACCCGCCCGCCAGUCCCACCCCCCUGAUCAACAACAACCACCUCCACGAUCGCGACCGGCAGAUCGACGUGUCCGUGCGCACCGUGGAGACCCUGCUGUCGCCCACGGAGGAGAACUGCAAGAACUCCAACCAGCUGGCCGCCUACAAGACGCCCAUGCAGCCGUACCAGGGUCGGAACCCGUGCCUGGAGCGCAACCUGAACUCCGGCUCCAGCGACAACCUACUCAUCGACAAAUCGCUCAAACACUGCUCGAACUCCGACUCGCAGAACCUCAUCACGAACGACUUCCUCAACUUCCAGAUCAACCACAGGGCCACGCCGAUACCCUACCUGCAGAACGCGGUGCACGGUAGCCCGAAAAGGUACAACAACAUACCCCAGACGAAGAGGUCGAGGUUCAAAUGGAACGACCUGAAAAGUUUCUUCUCGGGCAAGAAGCACCCGGACAGUUCCGAUUGCAAGCAGACGCAGGUGAAGCUGAGCAGUAAACUGAUCAACAGUUUCGGCCAGAACGGCGUCACGACGACCCUGUUGGGCGAGCACGAGGCCAAGCGGCCCUCCACGCUGUCCCUGUCUGUGGUCAAACCCAAAGAGAGUACAAAUUCCACGUCGGGAGUGGCGCAGAUCUUGAAGUCCAAGAACGGCGGCAGCAUAUCCAGACAGCAGUCGAUCGAGCACUUCAACGAGGUGUUCUGCUCCACCAUGGACCUGUCCAGACUGAAGGAUCCGUCGUGUAGGGUCAAGACGCCGGGUGACGUGCCGCCGUCGGUGAGGAGGACCAGAGGCAAGGCGGCGAAGGAUUCGUCGACCAGGUUUUCCCUGUACGACGAUAGGAUCAUGUGCAGGGGACAGUGGGGUAGCGCGCCCGAUCUGGAGCCGCAGGCGCCUUUACGGAACACCCAGAUGAACGACCCUCAAGACAGGGAUAGUAUAAGUAGUUUUUAAGGAGCUGCGUAACGGUAGGCAACUGAUAUGUUAUUUUUGAGUGUGGAUCGUCGGGUUUCUGUAGAUGGCGCGUCAGAUUUCCACUCGAAUUCGUUUGGAACACACAACGUCAAGAUAAAAGUAAUACCUUGAAUAAACUGGAGUAUUUUCAAUGUUUCUUCGCGAUUAGUUUUCGACAUUGACGUUUGUGUCACAGAACAUCAAAUAUUGGUUUGUGUCAAGAUAAUUUGGUUUCAGUGAUUGCAAAGGUGCAUAGAAAAAAUAACGCAUAGAAAUCUGACAGUUUGACAUUUCCCAACCUUCAGUGAAGUAACCAUCGAGUGAAUUAUGGUUUUGAAGGGCAAAUAGGUGAAUUGGGGAACAGUCAAAGAUAAAAUCUUUACAUCUCUCUUUAAAGUAUUCCUCUUUUGUGCCAUUUGACUUCAAAAAAAGCAUUUUUCCAGCCAUGUUCGAGUGGUUUCUUGUACUGGAGAUGAUCAAUGGUUGGAAAACUCAAACCCUUACCUGGUUCGUUGAGACUUUACAGACAGUGAUCGAUUUUGUUGGAAUUUUUCUUGAACAUGCAGUUUUUAAUCGAUUUCAAGCCCUUGGUUAUGUCCCUU